CUUCGUUGGGUACGAUGCAUUCGAAAAAGUGAUAGUGAUAUUGUGGAUGAAGGCUUGUGUGAUCCAGUUCAGAAACCAGAAAGUAGUAUCCCCUGCAGUAGUCAAUCCUGCCCCUUGACGUGGAAACUUGGUGAAUGGAGUGAAUGCAGUCAUCCUUGUGGAGGGGGCACUCAGUAUCGUUUAGUGUACUGCCAUGAAUCCAAGAACGGAAGCCCUGUUUUAAUGCCUGAUGAAAUGUGUGAUGAAGCUAAGCCUCUUUUUACGCGUGCUUGCAAUGAUGAAAUAGAAUGCCCUGAUUGGGUUACUGGGGAAUGGUCAGAGUGUGACAGCAACUGUGGUACUGGAAAUAGAAGUAGAACACUUGAAUGUAGAUCCAAAGAGGGUGAACUUAUGAAUGAUUCACUAUGCAUAGCCGGAAAGAAACCUGUUGAAUUUGAAAGCUGUACUCAAGGACCCUGUGAAGGAGUAGAAUGGAUAGUGUCAGACUGGAGUGGAUGCGAUGGAUCGUGUAGUCCAAAAAUGGAAUCAAGAGAAGUUCACUGUGCCAAUGAAGAUGGGGUUGUGUUUCCAAAUGAAGUUUGCGAGCAACGGAAAAUUCCUGAGUUAUCGAGACCUUGCCCUAAAUCUGCUAUGUGCGAGCCUAUGUGGCAUACAUCUGAAUGGACAGAGUGUUCUGUAAAAUGUGGCCAUGGAGUUCAGAGUCGUGUUGUAUUCUGUGGAGCGUGGCAAGAUGAUGCUGUGAUAAAAAUUGAAGACAAAAAAUGUGAUCCUGAAAAGAAAUUUGAGGAAGUUCAAAAUUGCAGCUCUGCUUCUUGUAAAGGAAUUUGGUUCACUGGUCCAUGGAAUAGAUGCUCUGUCCCUUGUGGAGGAGGUGAAAGAAGUAGGAAAAUUUUAUGCUUCCAUGAGGACGAAGUUGUUGAUACUAGUCAAUGUGACCCAUCUGAAGAACCUUUUGACAAAGAAAUAUGUAAUAUGAUGCCUUGUGAUGGAGAUGAAGUUAUGGUGCUGAGUGGCUGCAAAGACUCCAAAUAUGGCUGUUGCCCAGAUGGAAUGACAGAGGCCGGGCCAAGUGAUGAAGGCUGCCCAAAAAUCAACGUUACCAGCACUAACACCACGUGUGAAGAAGCAGAGUUUGGCUGUUGUGCAGAUAAUUUCACAUUAGCUUUGGGACCUUUCAGGAAAGGCUGUCCUAGUGCUAUCAAUUGCAAUUCGACCGAAUACGGAUGCUGUCCAAAUGAACAAACUCCUGCUAAAGGUCCUAAUUUUGAAGGAUGUAUUGUGGAUGAUAGCAAUUGUACAAAAUCAGCAUUUGGUUGUUGUCCUGAUGGAAUUACAGAAGCGGGAGGUCCUGAGUUAGAAGGAUGUGUUUUAGAAGACAGCAACUGUACAAACUCUACAUUUGGUUGCUGUCCUGACGGAAUUACCGAGGCAAUAGGUCCUGAUUCAGAAGGAUGCCCUGAAACAGAAGUCAAUUGUUCCACCACUAUUUUUGGUUGUUGUCCUGAUGGCAUUACACCAGUAUCUGCAUUUGAUUCUGUAGGAUGUGAAAACAGAACUGUAAAUACAUCAGUAGAUUUGGGAUCUGGAGAAGAUUGCUACUCUGAUACUUUCGGCUGCUGUCCAGAUGGUUUGACUGCUGCUCUUGGACCAGAUCAGGAAGGUUGUGAAGAUAGAGGAAAUGAUACUGAUUGCAAGUCAAGUGCAUUUGGUUGUUGUGAUGAUGGGAUUACAUCUGCUAUAGGUCCUUUUAAAGAAGGUUGUAUAGAAGAUGGCAGUGGCGAUGGUGAAAUGGGUGUAUCUUGUACAGAAUCUCUAUUUGGAUGUUGUCCUGAUAACAUUACUUUAUCAAAAGGAUUCGACAAUGAAGGUUGUCCUAAUUGUUUGAAUUCAACUUUUGGCUGUUGUCCAGAUAAUAUAACAAUAGCACUUGGCCCUGAUGAUGAGGGCUGUUUUGAAGUUUCUUGUUCAAACAGCACUUUUGGCUGUUGUUCUGAUAAUGUAACUUUGGCAUUAGGUCCUGAAGGAGAAGGAUGUGGCCCAAAGGACUGUAAUAGUUCUACAUUUGGCUGUUGUCCUGAUAAUAUAACAUUGGCAUUGGGCCCUGAUUUAGCAGGAUGUGGUCUCGAGGAUUGUGCUAACUCUACAUUUGGCUGUUGUCCUGAUAAUAUAACCGCGGCAUUAGGCCUUGAGUUGGCAGGAUGUGGUUUUGAAGAUUGCUCCAAUUCUACAUUUGGUUGUUGUCCAGACAAUCAAACAAUAGCUUUAGGUCCAGAAGGCGAAGGUUGCUUUGCCACAGAAUGCGCUAAUUCCACUUUUGGCUGCUGUUCAGAUAAUAAAACCCUCGCACUAGGUCCAGAUUAUGAAGGUUGUGAUAUUAUGCCAUGUGAAAAUACAACAUUUGGCUGCUGCCCUGAUAAUGUGACAACAGCUCUAAGUCUUGAAUUAGAUGGCUGUAAUGAGACAACUAAUGUGACCAUUGCUCCUGAGAUAUCUACAACACCUGAAAUUGUUCAUGAGUGUGUGAACACAACAUUUGGUUGCUGUCCAGAUGAAGAAACUCAAGCCUUAGGACCUAAUUUAGAAGGUUGUUGUUUUGGAAUGAGAUUCGGCUGUUGUCCUGAUAAUAAAACAGCUGCUUUAGGUCCCACCUAUUUAGGGUGUGGAUGUCAAACUUUCCCAUAUGGCUGUUGUCCUGAUGCAAUAACUCCAGCUCAAGGAUUUAAUUAUCAAGGUUGCAAAUGUGAGCACAUGAGGUUUGGAUGCUGUCAAGAUCAAAUUACACCUGCUAAGGGACCUUCAUUUGAAGGUUGCUUGUGCUACUUGAUGCCCUACGGUUGCUGUCCAGAUGGCAUUACACCUGUGAUAAAUGCUAAUGGUGAUGGUUGUGGCUGCGAUUCUACCAAAUACGGUUGUUGUCCUGAUGGAAAAACUGCAGCUGUGAGUGCCGAUUUGAGUGGUUGUCCUUGUGAAACUUUGCCCCACGGCUGCUGUCCCGAUGGACAUACACCUGCAAGAACAUCAGAUUUGAAAGACUGUCCAUGUGAAGCUCAAAGGUAUGGCUGCUGUCUGGAUGGAAGAACCAUUGCCCGUGGACCCAACUAUGAGGGUUGCCCAUGUGAAUCGACACGUUUCGGAUGCUGUUUAGAUGGGAAAACAGCUGCGACCAGUCCAGACCACCAAGGAUGUCCAUGUGAAACUACUAGAUACGGAUGUUGUGCUGAUGGUUACACAUCAGCGUCUGGACCUAGUUAUGAGGGCUGUCCUGACGUUGUAAAACCCAAACCAAAAGUUUCCACAGAAGUCUGUAGUCUGCCCAAAGAAAUAGGACCAUGCCCCAACUUUACUGUUAAAUGGUUUUUCGACAUUUCGUAUGGUGCUUGCUCAAGAUUUUGGUAUGGUGGCUGUAAGUCAAACGGCAAUAAUUUUGAUACUGUGGAAGAAUGUGAGAACAUUUGUGUCAAGCCUGAAGGACCAGAAGUGUGUUUGCUGCCAAAAGUCCCUGGCUCUUGUGAUGGGAAAGUUCCCUCUUGGUAUUAUGAUGCUGGUUCAAAAACUUGUGAAGCUUUUACUUACAGUGGAUGUCUUGGAAAUAAUAAUCGCUUCGUUAGUAAACAAGCUUGUGAAAGCAAAUGCAUAUCCAAACAACCCACCAGACCAGUGUCUCGAUGUAGUCUUCCAAAAGAUGAGGGAUCAUGUGAUAAUACAGUCAUACAGUGGUACUAUAACACUGAAGUAGGAAGAUGUGCUCAAUUUUAUUAUGGUGGUUGCGAGGGCAACUCAAAUCGAUUUUCCUCCAGACUGGAAUGUGAAAGGUCUUGCACUUCAGCUGUUACUGAUGAAACAGAUAUUUGUCGCUUGCCGAAAGACGGUGGUCCUUGCAAUGAAUUCCGAGAGCAAUGGUAUUUUGAUUAUGAAAGCGAGCAGUGUCACCGUUUUAUCUAUGGAGGCUGCAAAGGAAAUGCAAAUAAAUUCGGUUCAUUUUAUGAAUGUCAGAAGAAAUGUGGGAAGGAAACAGUUCCUGAAAUACCCGAUGAGCAGGAAUUCAAGCUUGAAUAUUGUUUUGAAAGUCAAGAUCCUGGACCCUGUUCUAAUGCCGAAGUAAACUGGUAUUAUGAUUCAAAUGAUGGUGUCUGCAAAGAAUUUUACUAUGGUGGGUGCAAAGGUAACGGAAACAGAUUUAAAGUUCGCAAAGAAUGUGAAGACUCUUGCUUUAAAGCACAAGAUGUUUGCAGUUUGGCACCCGUGAAAGGGCCUUGCAGCGGUACAUUCACACAGUGGUUUUAUGACAAAAGCAAAGAUGAAUGUUUCGAAUUUGUGUUUAGCGGUUGUCAGGGAAAUGCCAAUCGGUUUAAUACAAAAGAAAGUUGCUACGCAAAAUGCAAGAAAGAGCCAUUGACGACUGUUGCUCCGAUUGUCCCUGAUGACAUUUGUACUUUGCCUCAAGAGCCAGGUCCUUGCUUAGGAUAUUAUCGUAUGUGGUAUUACGAUUCCGCAGAAAAUAUUUGCAAAGGUUUUGUGUAUGGCGGUUGUGAUGGAAAUGCAAAUAGAUUUGGUAAAAGGAUUGAAUGUGAAAAGCAGUGUGCAAGAAAAAAAAUAAGUAAAGAUGUUUGCCGCCUCCCUGUUGACACCGGACCUUGCAAAGAGACUCAUCCACGGUGGUUCUAUGAUGCUCAAAGUCAAAGCUGCUUACCUUUUGUGUUUGGUGGAUGUGGAGGGAAUAAAAAUAGGUUUAAAUCAUCUGAAAUCUGCUUAAGAUUUUGCACUGGGAUUAAAGCUAAGCCAACUGUAGAUGAGCCAACAAAAGCACCAAUUAUUCCUGAAGUGCCCUUAGGUUGUGCACCAUCCAAUUGUGACAAUAUUCAAUGUCCAUUUGGCAUUGAAGAGAUUUUUGAAGGCAAAUGUACUCGCUGCAGAUGCUCUAAUCCAUGUGAGGUUCAUGAGUGCUCCCCUGGCAGUAGAUGUGCAAUCGACAUAGUUCGCACAUCACGAGGAGAAGGUGUACGUACUGAGCCAGUAUGUAGAAGAAUUCGAAAGCCAGGUACAUGUCCAUCAAGUAAUGCUCUGAGUUCUGGUCGAAAUGAUUGUGAGACUCGGUGCAGAGAUGAUGCUGAUUGCCGAGGAGAGCAUAAAUGCUGCAACAACGGCUGUGCAUUUAACUGUAUGCCUCCUUCAGAUGAGUUACUUGAGCCAGCAAUUCAACCAGAACCCGCUAGAAUAUUACCCGGUGUCAAUGUCACCAAGUCGACAGUUGGAGCACCAGCAGAACUUCCCUGCAAUGCCAUUGGUUAUCCUAGGCCUCAAGUCACGUGGUGGCGUGACACCACCAUGUUACCCUUAUCUAGCCAACGCUACGAGCAACUGGAAAACUUUGCUCUACUCAUAAGAUCAGUUGUGUAUGAAGAUAGGGGUGAUUAUUCUUGUCAUGCGCACAAUGGUAUUGGUUCAGGUGCAAUAUACAAAGUUACACUGAUUAUUGAUUUAACACCUCAGCCAUUACCUGCUACUGAAGAAAAUGACAUUAGAGAUUCCGAACCUUUCGAUGUACCGAAAGUUCCACCCGCUCCACUUCCAUUAUCUGCAAAAGUGGAACUUAUUACAAGACAGCCAACUGCGGGGUUAUCUCUUCAAAUAGAUUGCCUGAUUGAAGGGCCCACAUCAGACAUGACUGUGACAUGGCUCCACAAUGACAAUGUGGUGUUAUCAAACGACAGAAAGAGAAUUUUGUCCAAUCACACACUUUUAAUUCCUAAAGCUGAAGUUGCCGACAGUGGACAGUAUCGGUGUUCGGCUGCAUAUCAUGGCAAUGUUGCUUCAUCAGCAAUUACUUUAACUGUAAAUGCUGCAGCAACAGAUUCAUCAUGUGUGGACAGUCCUCAUUUUGGCAAUUGCGCACUGAUAGUCAAAGUGGGUUAUUGUAAUAAUGAAUCCUACAGACGCUUCUGCUGCGGCUCUUGUUUAAGAGCCGAGCAGCAAGACACUUGAGACAUUUUCAAGAAAUUAUUUCUUUCAGACAGAAAAUACAUAAUAUCCUCAGGUGAAGCUGUAUAGUAUUGUUUAUUGAGGAACUGUGUAUUCAACUGUGUCAAUCAUAUGUGUGUAACGUAUUUUGGCGCAAUUGGUGACAUAAAUCCUUUAAUUUCACUUUAAAAGAUGAAAACUGAAGAUUUACAGCAUGUGCCUUAAUGCAGUUUCAAUCAAUUAGAUCAGCAUUUCUCAAACUUUUUUGACUCACAGACCAGUAAAAUUUGGCAAGUUUUGUGAACAGUUUUUUUUUUUUCACAAAGUGUUAUUAUGCAUCAUUUAUUUACAACAAUAUUUAGUUGUAACAUGAUUCAACUAAAUUAUAAUUUUGUUGCAAUUUUUUUUAAUAGUAUUAUAUUUUUAAAUUAAUGAUACAAUUAAAAUUAAAUGAUUAUAUAUUUAUCGUAAUAUAACACUUGUAAAAAAAUUUAAAAAAAAAAAAAAACUUAAUAACAAGAGAUGCAUUGAAAACUAUAUUUGAACUAUAAGCCAAUUUAGUAUAGAAAAUUUAUCUAUUAAGUAUGAUUAUCAAUUUAAAAUAAAUCAUUCCAAAAUUAAAAAAAAAAAAUUAGUAUAGUAAAUGCCUUAUUUGGUUUGUGUUUGUUUGCAAUUCUGCAUAAAUGGAUAGUUAAUUUCUCUCCUGGUAUAUGACUUGACAACUGAUAAUUAUGGUAACAUGUAUCAUAAAUGAAGAAUCUUGCAUUUACCUUACACACAAAUACAAACCAAAGUUGCUUAAAAUAUCAUUACAAAUUACUCUUUUGUUCUUGAUGCAUUAUUGUAUCAUCAUUAAAAUGAGGGAUGAAAUUAAAACAUUGGCAGACAUUUUUUAUUCUUCUCUUUAAGUGCCAAGGAGUAUUAAACUUGGAUUACAAUGAAUAUUUUAAUUAGUUUGCUUUUAAGCAAUAUUUAAUGCUUCAUAUAGUGUAAAAACAAAGUACUGCAAAAUAUAAUAUCCAAGUGUGUUCUUUUUUUAGCUGCAAAUUUUAAAUUAAAAAAAAUUAAUAAUAAAUUGCCUUUAUAUAUGUAUAUAUAUAAUAGUAUUUAAUAUGAGGUUUUUAUCUGUUUACUGUGACAUAUUUAAAUUACUUUGUAACAGAAUGUAAUGCGUCAUAAAAUUUAAGAAAAAUCAAAAAGUAACAAAAUUUAAAUUAUUCUCCUUAGUGUUGUUUUGUUAAAAUUACUUUCAAAGAACUGAUUCCAAAUUAAUAAGUAAAAUUUUUGAACAGUGGGACUAUAUUGAAACUUUCAUUCAAUGUAAUGUUAGUAUACCAAUCAGCGAAUAUUUAAAUUUGUUAACUAUUCUGUUUGUCUACCUAAGUGUCGGUUCAUUUGUAAUGAUAAAUGUUGUGCAUUAAAAGUAAUCAAAAUCAACAAAACAAAGCAGUUGAAAACAGUUGUAUUAAAAUAUUAUUGCAUAUUACUAGAAAAAGUAUGGAAUAGUUUCUCGUGGUAUAAAUAUUCAAAAUUAAUAACGUUAAUAAAUUAAUUAAAAACAAAUAACCUCGCAUUAGUAUUAUGAAUGAUAAUGCAAUCUACUGUAAAAAUAAUAAAUGUCUGUAUGUUUAUUCCCUAUUGGGGUAAUAGGAAAGGUUGAUUGGCACAGCGUUGAGUUUUAUUGCUUUUGUAAAAGUUUUACACAAGUAUUCCAACUCAAAUCCGCACAGAGUACAUCCCUUUUCACUGAACUUCCCAAAAAGAAGUAAUGUCAAAGAGUCGAAGUGAAGCUUCAACUUAUCAGAGCCACCAUUUUCUUUUUGGACAUCAGCUUGUUAAUUCGUUUAACCUCCUUAACCAAAAGACUCAAAAACUUCUUGCUUUUUAUCUCAUUUUUAUUUGCAAAUGCAUUAACUGACAAUGAAACUACUAUGUGACAGAUGAUGUGAAUAUUUACAGUAAAUGCACGUGUUAUUUUAUACAUUUUUACUUAAUAUCAGUAAUUUAUUAUUUUAUAAACAUUUUAUGAUAAAAAAAGCUAUUGUUUUCCCCCAUUUUUACUUAAAGUAUUCAUACAAUAGUAUUACUCUAAUGUAUGUGUGCUAUUUAGAAUUUUAAAAUGUUAAGAAGCAACAUCUCUAUUUAUUAUUAAGUUCAGAAAUUUUAAUGUACUGAAAAAAAGUGGUAGAAACGGACAGAACGAUCUUUUUCCACAGUGGGAAAAAAAACGGACAACCUUGGGAUUAGCAGUUGAGAAUUGCUGAACUACGAACAUUUUUCGACAUUACUACCAUUUUCAUUGUGACUCUUAAGAAAACACUUUGUUCAUGAAAAGAAGUGUCUCAUUCUGUAUAGAUGUGUAUGUGUGCAACCUUUUUUAAAAAAUAAA